AUGCCUGAUAAAUCUAAUCGUAAACGUCAUCGUAGUGAUCGUACGCCGUCUCCAAGCGAAAGAUCUAGGUCAAAAGACCCAGAGAAUCGAGGUCAUCGACAAGAUCAACACAAGCGAAGGCGGGAAAAUAACAUUGGCCCUGGCGUCAACGAGGAAACGACAGUUUGUGGCCUGGACCACUCGUGUAACUGCCAUUGAGUCAAAUUUGAACGAAAACUCUGGUACAACGUCCCAGUAUUAGACAGAUUUAGAAAAGACGACGCGACCUCAAAGACGACGUGGAUGGCGUCAUUUGGCGCCAACUAUCGUCAGCUUCUCAUUUGCGACGUCGCCUUGGACAAUUUCACGACGCGAAAAUACAAUUUUCACGUCCUCUCUAGAACGUCACAGAUUUAUGCUUCUUUUGAAAAAAAUAUGAGAGUAUGCAUUAUAAAACUCAUCCUAUUUUGUUCCCCAAGUAUUGAUUAAUGAUUCUAGUUAAAUGUUUUUCAUUGACAAGGUUGUUUUUCUCGUAUUUCGCUAAAUUUUGAACGUGUUAAUUUUUGACAAAUACUUUCGGUCGCCAUAACAAAUCAACAAAACUGCAAGCAUUGUUAAUAACCACUUCAAUACCGCUAGUAUUCUUCACCAAAACAAACAUUUUAAAACAAACUGAAGUGAAGUUAUAUUAAAAACUGUUUAAAAUCAGGAAAACUUGGGAAGAUAGAAGAAUAAAAGCAACUAAAAGCAGUAAAAACUCAAUCAGUUUUAGUUGCUCUGUCACAACAGUGCGAAAAAGUAGGGGAAGUAAAAAAACGCUUUCCAGUGUGAAAAAUGAUCUUAAACAGUAUUAAAUUUUACCAAUAUAAGCGCUGGUGCCUUAUUUAUACUAAACAGUUGACAAACUUGAUUGAAUAGGCUACAAACUAAAGCAUUUAGCUCGUAAACAAUACCUGCAGCUAUAGUAUUUAUUCCAAAUGAUGCAACAAAGUUCACUUUUCAAAAUACCGAAAUAUAUGUCUUUUUCUAAAAAAAACUUAAUAUUGAAUGUUCAUACUAAUUCAUCAGGAAACACUUGGCCAGUAUUAUAUAGCCUUUUUCUUGCACAUAACUUGACAACUGAUGGAAAACAAUACAGGAAUGAGCAGGAAACAAGAAAACAAAAAUUUGCUUCGAAAAAGACAAACAAGCCGUCCCAGAUUAAAACCCGGAAGUGAACGCGAGGUGUACACGUCAUUUUCACGUCGUCUUUGAGGUCGCGUCGUCUUUUCUAAAUCUGUCUAUUCUGGCGAAUGCGACGACGAUCAACUGUCAAUUCCGGACUCGCCGAAGGAAUUCGACAAUAUUGUUGUUAAUUGUUAAUAACAAUCCCGCCAUUGAGGCUCCUUUAGCUGGCUCUUUGCCACCUUUAGACGGCGUUGAGCCGACAAAUAUAAACGAAAUCACCAACCCGAACUUUGACGUUUCUGAGGAAGAAACUUCAUGCGAGUUCUUUGACCCUGAGAGUACAUCUCAGCGACGAUGGUCUCAUUCAGAUCCCUUUGUCAAAUUUCUUGAGAAAAACAUGCGUAGACGCCUAUAUAUAAUCGAAGAAAGUUCUCUCCCCGAAGCUGAAGCAUGUGUUGCUCCUUUACUGGACAAACAGAUUCUGAAUUAUAUUCCCGCCAACCGCAAAAAAUUCGUUGAACAACGAGACAAAGAUUUGGCGCUUAUUCAACGCACAUUACUAAACUCGGCAGCGACGGCAGGUCCUCUUUGUUGUCUACAUGACCGCCUCGAAAAUCAGGCCAAGAUUUCUAAUGAGGAACUGUUAAACACCCUUCAACAAUCACUAUGUUUGCUGGGUUCAGCUAACCACAUAGUGACAACGAAUCGCCUGAAGAAAAUUUUGGGAGCGAUUAAUCCUGAUAAGGCACAAUGGGAAGAUCUGCCUUCCUUAGCAGCCAAUCAUUCCGAAUUAUCUCGAAGCCUUGCAAAAAACUUGCAACAGCAAUGUUACAGUGCGAUACCUCAUUCUUCAGGAGGCAGUCCUGCGGCGUUUGUCCGCCCAGAGAACAAGUAUAACUAUUCAGAACCUAACCAGGUCAG